GUAAACCGUAAGUAAUGUUUGUAAAUGUCAGUCCGUCGGUUGGCCUGUUUAUUGGGGCUAUUCCAGUUCAAAUUUCUGUUACUUCCCAUCAAAAAUAAUUUUCAAUUUUGAUUUUCACAGACUAGGGAGAAUGUGGAAGGUCAUGUUGGGAUUCCAUCAAAUUCAACGCCAGGCCACCUGUGAAGCUACUCAUCUAGAUACCAUUGCAUCUGGAGGAAAACUCAGUGAUUCACAUGUAAAUGCCGUAAUGCACCUAGAACUCGAGUUGCUAAGGUGGAUUAGAAACUUCUCUGCUUGGAUAGAUUCACAGAAAAACUUCGUUAAAUCCAUGAAUGGCUGGCUUGUGCUUUGUCUUCGCUACGAACCAGAAGUAACUGCUGAUGGGAUUCCUCCUUAUUCUCCUGGUAGGAUAGGCGCUCCUCCUGUAUUUGUAAUAUUCAAUUGCUGGUCUCAAGUUCUUGAUAGGGUCUCGGAGAAGGAAGUUUUGGAUGCCAUGAAGAUUUUUGCUUCCAAUCUGAGUCAACUCUGGCAACCUUAUGAUAUGGAGCUCCGGCAGAAGAUGAUUGCAAAUAGAGAAAUGGAAAAAUUGCAUAAGAUGAGGGAGAGGGAAGCACAAGUUAUCAACAAGGAAUUGGGGGCACUAAACAGGAAACUAGCCGUUACUUCCACUGCUCAGAAUGAGCUCCCAUUGAGCCAGCAAUCAGAACCUGGCAGCCUUCAGUCUUCUUUAAGGCAUGUUUUUGAGGCCAUGGAAAGCUUCUCUACUAAUUUAAUGAAAGCAUAUGAGGAUAUCCAUGCUCGUGCUGAAGAGGAGAAGUCUGAAGAGGUAAAAGGCUCACAGGGCUAAGUAAUUGUCUCCCCACACAUGAACACCUGUGACUUCCCUGGGCAAGUGUACCAAUUUGUAAUGUGUAAGGGAAGAUCUUCCGAAGAAUCGGCGGGGCCAAGGGCUUUCAUAGUUUCAACAAAAAACUCACUCAUGCUCUUCCAACGGUUCAUUGAGAGAUUAUUACAUGCACUGUCUGGACCGUCUGGAAGCGAAUCCGGACGUGUCACGUCACCCGGAUGUACUGGGCCCAGGGUGAUGUGGCGCGUCCGGAUUCGCCUCCAGACGAAUCCGGACGCCGCACGUAAGAAUUUUCCGCACUUUAGGCUUGCUAUUUUGCAGCAGCAGCCUUUCUUGUAUGGAGGAAAGGCUUAUCUUUGCUGUCUGAGCUCAUGAGGUGCUGGAAGUAUAUUGUUUUCCUUUGGUAAAGGGAAUCUGAUGAGAGAAAUAGUGGCUUGCCGGAGAGAAAGGAGAAGAACUGAAGAUAAUGGAGUCAAGUAAUAAAAAAUGUUACAGAGCCAUUAUAUUUUGAACAUAGAAAACAAAUGACCGAAGCAAAUGCAAUCUCGGUUCGAGCUCGGAAUUCGAAAGCCAAAUGACGUUAUGUGAAGUAAGACUUCUGUGAAGAGGAUCACAGAAGCAGCGGUUGCUCUCAGCUGGUGUUUAUGCAAAAAAAGGGAAUCAGUGCUCUAUAUUUUUGUAAAUUAUUCUGUUGAUUCUGAUGAAUAUUAUCCAGUGGAAACAUUCAUAAGCUACUGUGUUGUGUAUAUACUAUUUAUCUAAGUGGUCUGAAGUUAUUUCGAUUUAUUAAUCUAGUCUUUUAAAAAA